AUGAAUAACUCCAGUAGCUCUAUGAGGUUUUUACCUACUACAUUCAUUCUAGUUGGCAUCCCAGGGUUGGAGGCAGAGAACAUCUGGAUCUCCAUCCCCUUCUGCUUGAUGUACAUACUCAUCUUCCUUGGAAAUGGCAUCAUUCUUCAUGUCAUCAGGACAGACUUUGCCUUACAUCAACCCAUGUACCUUUUUCUUGCCCUAUUAGCACUGGCUGAGGUUGGUGUCUCCGCAUCCACCUUGCCUACAGUGCUGGGCAUCUUCCUGUUUGGCACCACUGAAAUUGGUUUUGACGCAUGUCUUCUCCAGAUGUUCUUCAUCCAUUCCUUCUCCAUCAUGGAGUCAGCUGUGCUGCUAGCCAUGUCUGUGGACCGCUUUGUGGCCAUCUACAGUCCACUGCGCUAUACGGCCAUUCUAACCUUGCCCCGCAUCAUUGGUACAGGAGCCAUUAUUGGGCUAAAAAGUAUUAUGCUCAUGGCUCCAUUGCCCUUGCUCUUACGGCGCCUGCCCUUCUGUGGCCAUAAUGUCCUUUCUCAUUCCUACUGUCUCCACCCGAACCUCAUCCAUCUACCUUGUGGGGACAUUUCUAUCAACAAUAUAUAUGGACUUUUCAUUGUUUCCUCCACUUUUGGGCUGGAUUCACUGCUCAUUGUAGUAUCCUAUGGGCUCAUACUCCACAUUGUACUGGGUAUCGCCACUAGGGAUGGGAGGAAGAAGGCACUCAACACAUGUGGCUCACAUGUCUGUGCUGUACUUGCUUAUUAUGUACCUAUGAUCGGAUUGUCCAUGGUGCACCGCUUUGGACACCAUGUAUCCCCUCUUCUGCAAGCCAUGAUGGCCAAUGCCUACCUCUUCUUCUCACCUGCUGUCAACCCCAUUGUCUAUAGCAUUAAGACUAAAGAAAUCCAUCGUGGUAUUGUCCAAAUGAUUUCAGGGAAGAGAGCUAGAGUUUAA